UCGUGAGUCGCUAUCUUCCGUUCAUAACCACGAUGGCCUCAUCGGUCUGGCCUCACCGUCCCAUUUCGUCUCCGCCUCCUGGCUCCGCAUCCGAACGAAUCUCUUCCUCACCUGAGGUUCUCUCAUCCCCUUUGCACAUGUUCCCUCGAAUUCGAAGUCCCGAUUCACCCGUCUCCAAGCGAGCUGAAGAGUAUCGCCUCUCUUGGGAUCCUCCGGCAGACCCCAAAGUGUCAUACCAGCUUCCAAGCUUUCGUUCCCUCUUUGCAAGCGACGACGAACCACCCUCUACUUCAGACUACGCAGGGUCUGAAUACUCGGAAACGCGCGAAGAUGAAUCUACCAUUGACAGCGACCAAGAGGAGGAGAGAGAAACAGAUUCUAUUCGGAUUGUCGAGUCACUUUCUUCUCAAUUUCUGCCGAACGUGGCAGAUGGGCUGAGGUCAUGCCACGACAUUUCCGUACCUCCGCGCGCACGACCUCCCCUGUUCCUGUCCCUGCUACCGUUUUUGUGUCGAGAAAUAUUUCAGAACCCGCGCCCUCUACAAAACCGUCUCCGGCCAUCAUUCAAUCCCAACUGCCUUUCACCUCGCCGCCUCCGGCGCUCAGCCCUGAUCUAUCCUCCACACUUGGUCACAGUUCCCCCAGAACCUUUUCGGAGCCCUUAUCACCCCUAUCUCUUCCACCAUCGUCGCUCGCUGGUGACUACGACAUGGAGUUUGAGUCAUUUCCGGACCUAGAAGAAACACCUUACGUAGGCCUGCUGGAUGUUUCUGUCAAGAGCGAGAUACCGGCUCAGGAUUCGUCGACAGGUGCCGCUCUCUCAGAACCGAUAGCAUCUCCAUCCCCAUCCGAAAGAGCCAUUUCCGCCGCCAAUGGUGCUUCACUAUCUCCGGUUUUGCAGCUUGCCGUGGAUGUUGGACCCGAAGUCGAAGCUCGCUCACCGGAGACCCUUCCUUUGCAUGAAGCGGAUACAAACAGAGUCAAACGUCGUGGGGACCAUGGCAGAGAAGAAGCGCCAAGGAAGAAAGCUCGCUUCGUGCCUGCCCUCGCUGCUCCGAAGCUAUCGGAUGCUAAACGCACCAAUGACAAAUCGCUACUCAAAGGGCUUCCACUGGAGAAGAAAGCCAAGGGUGAACCAAAGCCCAGGUCUGUGAAACAGCGGAGAAAUCGGCCUCGAUCUCCCUCCCGUGAGACGUUCUCCGACUUGGACCCCGAGUUGACUGGCAUGUUAAUCGAGUCCAUGGCCACCUCUCGGGCAUCCUCCCUCCCCAUGUCUUCCUUAUUCAAGAUUACCAUGCAGAGUUAUCCUUCCUUCAAGAGUCGUGGAACGGAGGAGCAGUGUUUGGAAAUGAUGGAGCGUGCAUUGGAGGCAGGCACUUUGGAAGCAGGGGGAAGUGGGCUUUUCGACAAAGUCGAGAGAGAUCCCUCGGAUGAAAGCGAAUCUCGUCACGACUCCCUGUGGUAUUAUCAGCCUGAACGUGAUCCGGACCAGGAUCGUGCCCAGCUUAUCAAAAGCAUGAUGCCUCGACCGGCGAAACGCGCAGAAACGAAGAAGCACAAGCAGUACUAUUAUCGCCCGUUGGAAAAGAUUUCGAAAUGGGAUUCUGAGGAUGCCUUGUAAGAUAUUCAGGCGAAAUCCGGGGCCAUGUAUCCUUGAUCGCAACCACACCACCCUACUUUAGCUUAUAACUUUAUCAAUUUCGUUCUCAAAAUC